AUGGCCUCCCAGAUUAACGCCGCCGGCGUCGCCUCGACACCACCACAUGUCUGCUACCACUGCAAAAAGUCCUUCGCGCGCCACUGUGAUCUCAACAAGCACGCAAAGUCCCACAGCAGACCAUACAAGUGCCUGUACACAAACUGCAAGUAUCACGAGCACGGCUGGCCAACCGCCAAGGAGCUGGAACGACAUGUCAAUGACAAGCACUCGCCAUCUCCGAGAACCUUUGCGUGCCUGUACCAGCCAUGCCCAUACCGGUCAAAACGGGAAUCGAACUGCAAACAACACAUGGAGAAAGCCCACAAGUGGAAGUAUGUGAGGAGCAAGUCAAACGGCAAGCGACUACCGACCACAGGCCAGUCCGAUAUCGUCUACCGUCUGAAGACCGAUGAAGCCACUCUUGGGGUCCGGAACUUUGGCCCAAGUCCCAUCUCACCGCAGCCGCCAUUAAUACCACCACGUGGCCAGGAUUUCGUUCUUUACGACGACGACCAGCAAGAAGAUGCCUUUGGCGAGGAGGACGACGAGGCUUAUUCUGGGUUCCAGGAUCCGGAAGGAUUCCAGUCUUACCUCCCAUGGAACUCCCCAAAUACUCGCGUCCGGCAAGCCGAGUCCGUGAUCGAUACCUGCAACGAUACUCUCGAGAGGCCGCUGGGCUCAGAGUUCUACGGCAGCGGACUUCUGGAUCCAAGACUUGCAUCUUAUCAAACGCCUCCAGGCUCGGAGUCUCAUCGCACCCCUGAUACGCCCUGCCUUGAUAUUGCGGCUGCGAUCAAAGUCGAGUCUCCAACCGUCACAAUGGACUUCUUUUCGCCACCAAAACGGAAAUAUGAGGCUGUCGAUGGGUCAUCGCAAGAGUCGAAGCCUACCACCAACGCAACCCGUGGAGCUUCAAAUCCCAGAGCGCACCGCGCAACUUCCGGUCCAGCCAAGAGCACUCUCAACCGCAGAGACAGCUUUGAUGAAGACGGCCACCGCCCAACUAAGAAGGCAAGGCAAAUGCCCGACAGAGACCAGAAGGAGACGUAUUCCCCAUGCCACACAGUUCACAGGGAUAUUUCCACUCUGGUGCCGGCGCAUCGUUUCAAGGUCACCGAUCGGUUCAUUUCAUCCUUUGAUCAAGACGAGAACUUUCGUCAUCCGAGAGUUGGUGUUUGCCGUUGGUGCUGGUUGACAUUUACGGACCGAUCCGAAUUCGCGGACCAUGUCUCAAAUCCGUGCGAAAAGGUCUCUAAAGGGAAGCGAGAGAAGUGGAGGGUUCUUUUGAACAGCUUCACUCCCCUGGUUGAUCUGCCGGUCCAUACACAGUCAACUUUCGACGUGGUUCGGGAAAGCGAGGAGGAUGGUUGGGAUCGGCUGUCGAGAGGGCUGGAACAGUCGCCAGAGGUUGAUGGUAGCACUUGUGCUCCGGAGACAUCUCCGGCUUUGGUCUACCCAACCACUCAUGGAGAAUUUGUCUCCAUGACGGAACACCAAAGGCUCCUAAAGGAGCAUCAAGCACUCCAGGAGAAGCAUCGUCAACUACUUGGCCAGGUCACACAGGCCAUGUACGCCCAGCAGGUCUGCGACAACGCCAGGACCCAGUCUCUUGAUGCUCGGGACAACAUGCUCCUCGCAGCCAUGUCGCGAGAGGCUCACAAGGGGUCGGCCCUGGCUCAUCAACAACGCAAACUUUCGGACCGGGACAAUCUCGUGCAGCACAUGGACUCUCAAUCCACGGAUGUUGACGUCCAGGGCUUUCUGGAAGAAGUCGAGAGCGCCCACAAGGGCCUGUCGAGGCAAGAUUCUGGCUUGAGCACCACAUCCCGCUCGACCAUCCACCACGUCCCGCCAAGCCCACCGGUCAAGUCUCUCGACUACGUUGAUGACGACCAGCAAAAUGCGGCUCAUGGCUCCGGCAGCCAAAACGCCAGGAAGCAGCCUACGUCUCAUGCCGACUCGGGCUACGCAACAGAAGGCAGACGCGGCAGCCUCGCCGAGCUGGGCCUGUCUACCGUUGCGGGGGUGGCCACGUCAGCAAUGAUGCAUCACCCUCACCACUCCAUGACGACGGCAACGACGACCGAUGAUACGUUUAUGAAGGAUAUGUUUAUGAGCACCGGUCAUGAGGAGGAGCAGCAUUCGCAAGAGCAGGCUCAGCAUCAUCUUCUUGAUACUAGCUUGACGGACCCUUUUCUUGACUAUGGAUUUCUUCGGCGAGCCAGUUAG